AGAGAGCCUGCUAUGGAGGUUACAGAUUUACCUCCCCAAUCGAUGCGCUUUGCUGCGGUAUGCUGAAUUUAAGUGAGAAAUGCAGGAAACCCAUAAAUAUACUGGCCCCACAUAGAGGCAUCUUAUAUAUGCAUCCCGUAUAUAUAGACGGGCUCAGUAGGAUAACAAUUAAGAAAGAUCCACCGGUGUUUGUUGUAUUCCCAAUUACACACGAUUAUGCUAUAUAUUCCAGAUACACGCUGACGUCCAAGUGUCACAUGGCGUUGGGAGCAUAUCCACUGGACGUGCAGAACUGUGCAUUGGGAAUGAAUCUGUUUAAAGGUGGCCGUCUCGUCUGGGGUCCGAAGACAGAGUGGUUCUGGGAUGAAAACAAGCCCCCGGUUGUUGUGAAGUCGUCCGGCAUCAACGCGCAGUUCCAGCUUAUCAAGAUCCACGCCUUCUCCUAUGUCAACUCGCACACCGAACGCGGUAAAAACUGUGUGUAUGCAGUAUCCACCUGUGACUUCCGGGCGUUGGAGGAUGAGUGCCUGUUGCAUGACUGCGUCAGUGCAGACAGACUGGGGACGGCACACUGCGAGAAGUGCAACUUCUACGGAAACUGCACAUCUGGAGGGGCCGACAUCACAUGCGAUGCUGAGGACCUGAAACAAGCCACGGGUCUAAGCUGCUUCACCUCGGGGCAGAUCCGCUUCGCGCUCGUCAGGCGGAUCAACUUCCACUUCAUCCAGACUUACGCACCGACCCUGACCACUGUCGCCAUGAGCUGGACGUCCUUCUGGGUCAACCCUGAGGUGGUGCCUGCCAGGGUGUCUCUCAACGUGGUGACUGUGCUCACCAUGCUCACACAGACCAGGAAAGUUGAGUAUUUCCCGGAGGUGUCGUACGUACGUGCCAUUGACGUGUGGCUGUUCGCCUGUCAGUGGUUCGUCUUCGUGUCUCUGAUCGAGUACGGCGUGGUCCACUACUACAUCCGGCGCGACUCCAAGGCAGUGGACAAAUCUAAUGAGACAGAAGGGCGCGGCUGCUGCAAGACUCUGACGCCCAAGGAGAAGGCAUUACGUCACGACUACGCUGCCCGCGUAUGGUUCCCUGUCUGCUUCGUGCUCUUCAUGAUUGGCUACUUCGGCUACUACGUCAUCGAUUGGGUCAAGUACUCUACCGGGGCCAUAUAA